AUGCUGAUCCCUGUUAUACAGUUCAUUUACAGAAAGGGGGGUUCAUGGCAAUGUGUUUCUUAUGAGAUGAGACAGCUUACACACCACACUCACAGGUAUAGCAAUGUGUUUCCUAUGAGACAGCUUACACACCUCACUCACAGGUAUAGCAAUGUGUUUCCUAUGAGACAGCUUACACACCACACUCACAGGUAUAGCAAUGUGUUUCCUAUGAGACAGCUUACACACCACACUCACAGGUAUAGCAAUGUGUUUCCUAUGAGACAGCUUACACACCACACUCACAGGUAUAGCAAUGUGUUUCCUAUGAGACAGCUUACACACCACACUCACAGGUAUAGCAAUGUGUUUCCUAUGAGACAGCUUACACACCACACUCACAGGUAUAGCAAUGUGUUUCCUAUGAGACAGCUUACACACCACACUCACAGGUAUAGCAAUGUGUUUCCUAUGAGACAGCUUACACACCACACUCACAGGUAUAGCAAUGUGUUUCCUAUGAGACAGCUUACACACCACACUCACAGGUAUAGCAAUGUGUUUCCUAUGAGACAGCUUACACACCACACUCACAGGUAUAGCAAUGUGUUUCCUAUGAGACAGCUUACACACCACACUCACAGGUAUAGCAAUGUGUUUCCUAUGAGACAGCUUACACACCACACUCACAGGUAUAGCAAUGUGUUUCCUAUGAGACAGCUUACACACCACACUCACAGGUAUAGCAAUGUGUUUCCUAUGAGACAGCUUACACACCACACUCACAGGUAUAGCAAUGUGUUUCCUAUGAGACAGCUUACACACCACACUCACAGGUAUAGCAAUGUGUUUCCUAUGAGACAGCUUACACACCACACUCACAGGUAUAGCAAUGUGUUUUCUGUUCAGUUAUUGUCUGGAAAGGGAGCUGUUUACAGAACACUACAGCACACACAUCAGUUAUCAGAACAGGUGUAUUUCUUGCAAGCUGUGUGAUUUUUAAACCAUAAA